AUGUCUGAUUUUCCGGCAGAGGAGACGGCAUUUCGGCUGCAUGCAGACGACUUGUACGCCAGUGAUGUCCAAGUCCCCGCAGGGCUGGUUUCCUCCCCGUUUGGUUCUCCGAGAGAUGGCAGCUCUCAAAUGCGUCGCCGGCGAGAAGGGGAACGCUUGAGCCUCUCGUCGGACGAGUUUUCCCCCCUCGAAGAACCGUACAACAGAGACCGCACCUACGACUCUGAGCGGCGUCCACCUGCUGCCCCGUUCUCAGCCUUAGUUGUUGUCGCUACCCCGGCCCACGCUGGAGAAAGGGCGACGGCGACUGAGAGCAGACCCGCGCCGGCGACUCCGCCCGCCACGGAAGACUCGCCGAGCUUUUUCCCGUCUCCCCUGAUGUCUACGCGGCGCGACUCGUCCAACUCUCCACCGUGUUGUACGGGGGCGGCCCCGGGAACGGCGGUUCUCGCCAGCGCACUUGACCAUCGAGGACGUUCCGUAGAGGCCUUUGGACUCCUGCACCCGCCAAGGUUCGUUGUCAUUCAAGGCCGGCCAGUGGACUCGGAAAUCGAAUCGGUUGCAGUGGACCCUGCGACGCAGAAACAGACAGAGCUUCGCUCUCCACAGUGCCCCACUCUGCCGGCUUCUGUGGGCGUCUCGCCGUGUCUUUACGGUCACCCAUGCGACACAGAUAUCCCGGAAUUCGCCCGCUUAGGUUUGCGUGGGAAACAGUUCUCAAAGGCGAUGGGGGGCUCUGAGUCAGGGGAGACAGCCUAUGCCGAUGCGGAGCCGGGGACGGCAUCCUCAGGCUUCUACAGCGAACGACCUGGCGGUGUUUGGACAAGCGACGCAGGCCAGACUCGAACGCUUGGCCGUAGCGGGCGCCCAAACGGAGAGAACGGGCUUGAGCCUUCAAACGACCAAGUGUCGGCGACUCGAGCUGCAGCCGCCACGGCUGCGCGCGUCGCCUUCCGCGUGGCGGCUCGCGUGGCCACAGUUGCAGAGACGCUUCACGGACACUGGCGAAGACUGCGGUCGGGGCCGGGCGGGUUCACUGAGGUUCAACCCGGAUACGACGAAGAACAGGAAGAAUUCAACGCAGAAGCGGAGGCUGCGCAUGCGUCGCCUCGCGCCCGACAGAAGGAGGGCCACAUGACGGAUUCAGAGACAGGCGAGAGAGGCGGGCAAUGGAAAGGGCGGUUCCUCUGGACAAAGGGAGGCGGAGCGAGGACUGGACUCGAGGGGGAAGAACACAAGACGACUCCAAACUUGAACAAGUAUGAAAAGUGGAAAUGCAUCGGAGUCGAGCAGACGAGCGCAGGUGUACAUCCCCGUGAAAAUCAGCGACUCUGUUCGCUGGUCUUCGCCCUCAUCUUUCUCCUGGAAGUCUUCGUGAAUUUCGACUGCGGGGCGGUCCCUGCGUCCUUGUCGCAGAUCGCUGUCGACUUCCGUUUGUCCACGACGUGGCAGGGUUUGGUGGGCGCACUGCCGUAUGUUGGCCUGACUCUGGCGUCUCCGUUUGUGGGGCGCCUGCUCGCGGUUUACCACCCAAAGCCGGUGAUCAUCUCCACGAUGGCUCUCAACGUCGUCGCCAUGUUGCUUUUGAUCGUCACCUACGCGUUUCCGUCCUCGCACCACGCCACCGCAGUCAUGGAAAGCCGGGGACCUGCGCCAGAGGACGUUUCGUCCACAUCGACAGCGCACCUGUCUCCGGCGUCGUCCAGCGGCGAGAGGAACCGAAGUAGCUAUCUGUUUUCGUUCCCGUCGCUUCCGGCGUUUGGCGUGGACGACCUCACGCCAUCGGCGUGGCUUCUGCUCACCAGUCGAUUCUUCGUAGGCAUCACUCAAGCGGCCUUUGUCAUCUACGCUCCCGUAUGGGUAGACGAGUUCGCCCCGCCUCAGUACGCAGCUCUGUGGAUGGGCAUCGUUCAAGGCGCAGCCGUCGUUGGAGUCACCGUGGGCUACUUGGUCACAGCGUUCCUGUGCAUUUACUUGCUCCUGGACUGGCGCUGGUCGUUCCUUCUCCAGGCAGUGAUUUGCGCGGCUCUUCUGGCGGCCCUCGCGGAGCUGCCGUCGGAGGCGAUUGACGCGAGCGCGAAGCUCGACGGCGCGGAACUCGACGAGGAAGAUGAUGCGUUUGACGCGCCGACGGCUGGCAACGAAGCUGGCCGUCGCGGCACGCAUCCACUGAAGAGGAUCCCGGAGCAGUCUCUUGGUCCCAGCGAAGCCUCGAGGUCUGCGAGGACACUCGCCCUGAGGCACGCAGUUGGCGCCGCCACGGGAGAGCGUCCUCGGGGUCACUUGACGACUGAGGAAGCUCGCGCUGAGGAGGCGGACGAACUGGGGCGACUCGCGGUUGCAGAGACCGACUGGAUGAACGACAGUGAAGAGGAAACCACUUUGCAUGGAGACGCGGGUGACUUGGAAGCUUCUCACAGACGAGAAGGCGCACUGCCUUCGAUGAAUCUGCAUCAUUUGUCGGCGCACGAGGGGACGGCGGGGGGCUACGCGCAGGAGUGGAACGGCGAGAGGGUGCGCGACGCAGGCAGACGGGGGCGGGCCGCAAACAGCCGGAGCGGCCGAGGCGGCGGAGUGUACAGACAGCUCGACCAGCAGAAUAGGUCCACCACGUAUGUGUCGCCUGCGGGUAGGUUCUCAGCAGACACCGCUGUCAAGGUGAGGCCGCCGAGACGGGAGAUGAGAGUUUUGAUGGUGGCUGAACAGGAAUGUUAUGGAGACGACGAGAGACAAACCCCGGGCGAACAGCGGUCUGACGACGGGAACCCUUGGGUGCAGCGAACAGGAAAACGGCGGGACAAAAAGACACUCUCGACCUACGCCAUGAUGCAGCAGCUUGCAAAGAACCCGCUGUACAUCUUACCGGUCUUCACCCUCUCGGCUCUUCUCUUCGUGGUCACUGGCGUCCAGUUCUGGGGGACUGUGCACCUCACGUCGAGCUUGCAACUGACGCCGUCCGUCGCAAUGCUCGCUUUCGCCGCCGUCGCCGCCAGCGCACCGACAGCAGGCGUCAUUGGCGGAGGAGUCAUGGUGGACCGACUGGGGGGCUACAAGACUCUAGAUGCGAAGGUGAAAACGUUACACGCCUGCCUGGCAGCAGCUGCAGCGGCAGUGUUUUUCGGCUUUGUUGGCGCAAUGACGACGGAUCCUUUGAUCUUUGUUCUCGCCCUCUGGUUUCUGCUCUGCUUCGGGGGCGCGUUGCUCCCGCCGCUAACUGGCCUGCAAAUCGCCGCUGUCGAGACACCGCUCCGCACCUUCGCUAGCGGCUUGUCCAUGUUCACGUACAACAUAUGCGGCUAUGCUCUUGGCACGUUUCUUCCAGGCGCUGUGAUGGAUUUCGUGAAAGGAGAUGUCGUCGGCAUGAGAAUCAAGACGCCGCCUCUUCUCGCGCUCCUGCUGCUCUCGUACUCAGCCAACGAGGGCGGGCGUGAGGUUUACUUUUUCUUGAAGAAGCUCGACUAG